AGAUGUGGGCCCUUUAAAGUUUUAGUGAGGGGCUGGAUAGUGUUAUGUCAAUCAAUGAGCCACACCCGAGAAGGAUUCAAGUCUUCUACAGCCUUGAGCAGGUACUGUCAUGUCACCGUGGACUGAAGGGAGGUCAGGGGUUCUACGUUUUUAUCGAUGGCCAACAGCGAUGCGGUAGUCUGUGCAGUUGCACAGUCCAAGAUGGAUGAAAGCAACGUUAAAACAAACGCUUGUCAAACGCCAGAGAGGACUUUUGGCGCCUUUGGUGGGAUUGCUGCUGCUCUCAGGUCCGUUGCAAACUCAGACUCUUGGAGUCUUGAGGGUGUUUACCUCCACACUGCACCUCUCUUCACUGUAGAGGAUAACAAGGCCUUGCCCAGUCGGCCAGACUCUCCUGUUCAGGACUGUGGACGAGAUGAAGUCAAACGGUGCACGGAUGAUGCGCAGAAGGAAGAGGAAACCUUUCAGUUGAAUUUUGAAUCGAAAUACAUUAACAGUUCUGUGCCACUGUAUCAGGAGUACUGGCUGAAAUGUAUGAGAGCAGACCUUCAGAAGGUGCAGCACAAAAGGCUGGCAGACCUUGUGAUGUCGCACUGUCUUGCUGGCCUCUCUUCUCCCCCUGCAUCCAGCCCUAUUUCUGUAUCAAGCCCUCCAGGGCUACAUGUGGCACCAUACGCUUUGUGGCAGGAGCUGCCAGAAGUGAAGAGGAAACGUUUGCUGCAUUUGCUCACAGCCAGUGACAUUCGGCUACAAGAGGCCAUGUUUGAACUAAUUCUGUCAGAAACCUCGUAUCAGAAGAGUUUGCAGGUGGCAGUUGGGCUGUUUCAGGGCUCUGCAGAGCUGAGGAACACGUUAUCUCCCGUACAGAAUCAUGUUCUUUUUUCCAACCUAAAGGAGGUCUGUAGGGUCAGUGAGGGAUUCCUUCUGGACCUGGAGGCUAGGCUGGGUCAGAAUGUGGUGAUGUCUAAAAUUGGUGACGUAGUGCUGAGUCACCGAUCAGCGUUUCGUCGGGUCUAUGUGCCUUAUGUCACCAACAUGAUGUAUCAGGAGGCCCUCAUUUCAAAACUUUUGCAGGAAAAUAAGAAGUUUGUGAUGGCUGUAAAGAAGCUGGAGAAGGAUCCGGUAUGCCAGAGACAGACACUCAAGUCCUUUCUGGUCCUUCCUUUCCAAAGAAUCACACGAUUAAGGCUUAUUCUAGAGAACAUUCUCAAAAGAACCGAUGAGCAAUCCACUGAUGUCACCAACCUAAAAGAAGCAAUUGAAGCUGUGCGAGAGAUAGUGGUAGAGUGCGACAGCAAUGUCCAGAGAAUGAAACGGACAGAGGAACUGGUUUCCUUGGAGAAGCUGGUGGACUUUGGCAAUGUCAAGUCAAUACCUUUAGUCAUAAGUGGACGUCAUCUGAUUCGAGCAGGAGCCUUGAAAAAGCUGACAGUCAAAAGUUACCACACCUCAGGCUCCACAGUGUCACGCACAGACAUCUACCUGCACCUCUUCAAUGACCUUUUGCUCCUCUCCCACAAGAAUGGACAGAGAUUCAGCGUGCAGGACCACGCCAUGUUCCCCGCCCAUGUUCGUGUAGAGGAGUUAAAGACUCAGAUGUUGGGGCUGCCUCCAGAAGCCUUCCUCCUCCACCUAACCCAAAACCGCUUGAAAACUGCUACAGCUAUUAUACUUGCUGCACAGACACGAUUGGAAAAAGAGACAUGGGUCCAGCUUUUAUCUUCAAAGCAAAUAUAG